UUAAUUUAUAUAUAAUUUUUAUGUUACAAAAUAGAUUAUAAAAAAUCCAUUAACUGAUUAUUCAUUGAAAUUAGUAAAUGUGCACGAAAAUCAGUGUUAUUGAUUAAUCAAUUUAAAAAACAGAUUAACCUCAUUGACCUUUUGUAUAAAAAAAAAAAAAAGAAGAUCAAUUCAAGAUAAUGGAUAACUAUACAAUUACUGGAAGAAUUGGUGAAGGAGCUCAUGGUCUUGUAUUGAAGGCUAUUCAUAAUUCAACUGGUAAUAAUGUUGCUAUUAAAAAAGUAUCAUUAAAACGUAUCGACGAUGGUAUACCAUCAUCAAUCAUACGAGAAAUUAAAACACUACAAGAACUUGAUCAUCCCUAUAUUAUCAAAUUACUUGAUGCAUUUCCAUCGAGUUUUGAUUUUUGCAUGAUAUUUAAUUUUAUGCCAUCUGGAUUGUGGGAAUUGUUGAAGGACAAUGAAAGACCCUUGACAUAUUCACAAAAAAAACGUUAUAUGAUUAUGUUACUUGAGGGUGUUGCCUACAUGCAUAAACAAAAUAUUAUGCACAGAGAUUUAAAACCAGCAAAUUUACUUAUUGAUAGUAAUGGAAUAUUAAAAAUAGCUGAUUUUGGAUUGGCAAGAUUAAUGUUUGAAGAAUAUAAUACACGUCCAUAUUCACAUCAAGUUGCAACAAGAUGGUAUCGUGCACCAGAAUUACUUUAUGGUUCACGUAUUUAUACAUCAUCAAUUGACAUGUGGUCCAUUGGCUGUAUUAUAGCUGAAAUUAUUAAUAAUUCUCCGCUAUUUCCUGGUGAAACGGAUAUUGAACAAUUGGCAAUUGUAUUGAGACAUCUUGGAACACCAACUGUUGAAACUUGGCCUGAUUUAAUAUCACUGCCUGAUUAUAAUAAAAUUACAUUUCCAUAUCAAAAAGGUAUUGAGUGGGAGGAUAUUGUGCCUGAUGCUGGUACAGAUGGUUUGGAGUUUUUAAAAAAUAUACUUCUUUAUGAUUCAUCAAUGCGAUUAACUGCUAAUGAGGCAUUGAAACAUAAAUUUUUUUACACACAACCAUAUCCAUGUUUGAUUCAAAAUUUACCAAAACCUGCUGAUGAUCAUCGCAGUCAAUUACGUCCAAAAGAAGUGGAUCCAACAAUUCGUGCAACUAGUAUUUUUAAAGAUUUACUAAAAUUAACUUGAAAAUUUAUAAUUGAUUUUUCAUUCAGUAUUUUAUUUUCUCAGUAUUUUU